AACAGGAGCAUUUGAUAUAUUAUUUAAACAAAUCUAAUUUUCAUAUCAUUAGUGCAUUAUUCGGACUAGCAACAGGUUCAAUUUUUCAAUGUUGUCCCUGUCUAGUUUCGGAUCCAAGCAAGUGUGUCAACUACAUUCUACAAUAUUCUGACAAUAUAAUGUAUUAUUUGUGCAAUAUGUACUCAUGGAUAUAUAAUAGGCCCCAAACUGCUAACACUAAUGCAAAUGUCCAAUUUUCGUUGCCAUUUUUAAAGUGGUUUCAAAUUGAUUGGACUUUGGCCUCAUUGGUGAAAGUGGUGUGGCCAUGCGACGUGCUUGAUAUUAUUUAAUCCACGGGUUAUUAUAUACAGAGUUUGUGUUUAAGUUUAUGUAACAAAUUUUGCUACAAAGAUACUUAAAAAUUAUUUGCUUUAUUUUAGCAGAUCCUUGUUAUACAUAUAAUGGAGAUUGAUAAAGAAGUUCCUGAAGAAAUCCCCAAAUCAAAUAUGGCUUCUCAAAAUGAAAACACAAAUGAAACAAUUUUGGAUAAUCAACAAAGCACGUUGGAAAUAAAUACUGAUAAUCAAGGUAGAAUGUCAGACAGAAGCAAUUGUAGUGAUAUAAUGGAAGAAGAAACUAUAUCUGUUGAUGAUACAAAUGCAUACAAUGGUUCUACUACCGAAGAAUGUAUUAUGGAAUCUAACACAGAUAGCAUUGCAGCUACAGAUGAUUUAAGACAGUUUGAUGUUUUGGAUGAUUUAGAACGCCAUCCAGAUCAGAACUACUGUGAUAUGGAUUCUGAUAGCAAUGAAAGUAUGGAUUCUGAUGUACCUGAUGAAGAAAUUGAAGCCAUGCUUGAAGAAGGUUUACCAGAAGAAUUUAAAGGCAAAAGAAAAGACAAGAAGGAUAGUGUACCAUAUGAAGAGAAAGUGAAACUUGUCUUGGAUGAAAUUGGACAUAAUCACUUUGAUGUACUUCCAGAAGGCUGGGUACAGGUAACACAUAAUAGUGGAAUGCCUUUAUAUUUGCAUAAACAAAGUAGAGUUUGUACUCUUGCAAAACCAUAUUUCCUUGGACCUGGCAGUGUGAGAAAACAUGAAGUGCCUGUUAGUGCAAUACCUUGUCUUCAAUACAAAAGAGCUCUUCAUGAAGAAGAAGAAGAAAGGAAGAAGCAGAAAGAACGUGAUCCAAAUACAGAAGUGUGUAGCCUCCCUAGUGCAAAAAUUGAAACAAUUCAAGAAAAUCGAGCGGCUCAUUCAUUAGAUAGUAAACAAUUAAGAAAUUAUUGCCAAUCGCUAUUUCGCUUUAAAGCUAUUAAAGUAAUGAGAUUUCAAUCAUGGUCAGCAAGGAGAAAAUUUACAAAAAAUAAAAAACAUCGUAAACAACUUGAACGUCCUACCUUACCUGAUGGAACAAAACUAAUAACGUUUCCAGUUAGUAGUUCUGGACUAGCAGGAAGUAGCAGUGGUAAUGUUGGAGAUGAUAGUACUGGACAAAGGCCACCAAAACAUUGGAUAAUGAAUCCCUCAGGCAAAAGUUAUGUUUGUAUACUUCAUGAAUAUGUACAACAUGCACUUAAAAAGCAACCAACUUAUAAGUUUAAAGAAUUAGAAAAUGCAGCAACUCCAUAUUCUGCCGUUGUUUGUAUAAAUGAUAUGGAGUAUGGAAGCGGUUUCGGUAGUAGCAAAAAACAAGCAAAAGCUAAUGCUGCGCGGAAAACUCUUGAAAUUUUAAUUCCUCAAAUGAGAGAUAAAAUUUCUGGUGAUAAUGGAGGAGAUACAGUUUCUGGUAAUAACAGUCGAAUGAUUAAAGCAUCAAGGACAAAUUCUGAUGCAGAUUUAUCAUUCUUUGAUGAAAUAUCGAUCACCGAUCCACGAGUCGCAGAAUUUUGCGCAAAGACAACUGAACCGUCACCGCAUGCUAUUUUAAUCACCUGCCUCCAACGAAAUUAUGGUCUCGGUGAUAUGCAUAUUAAUUACUCUGUAAACACAUUAAAACAUCAACGCAAUGAAUUUACAAUGCGUGUCGGUAAACAUGAAGCUACUGUUGUAUGUCGUAAUAAGAAAGAUGGUAAACAACGAGCAGCCCAAGCUAUCCUGCAGCUUAUGCAUCCUCAUAUCCAGUCUUGGGGAUCCUUACUAAGACUUUAUGGAUCUCGAAGCGUAAAAUCUUUUAAAGAAAAGAAACAACUAGAACAAGAAAUCACGUUGUUACAAGGUAAAGCUGCUGUCAAUCAACCAAACCACGCUAUUCUAAGUAAACUUAGACAAGAAAUGCGUAAACUGGCAGAACAGAGACAGGCAAUACAACCUAUCGGUAAGUUUGUACCACCGGAUUUACCAACUGGAUCUGCAGCUAAUUUGAACAAUGUGGAUUUAUAACAUACUAGUCAACUGUGUAUCCUAUAAAUAUUAGUUUAUUUUGUAAGUUUUGUAUGAAAGUAAACGUUUUUGAUUUAUUUUAUAUUUUAUGUUUUGAAAAUAAGAGCAAAAUAUUUUAUAAUAUAGUAAUUUAAAAAGAAGA